GUUAAACGCGACGGGAGUCGGUUCUUCGUUCCUCGCUGUGUCUCGGCCGUGAUCGGCUUUCGUCGGAUCUCCUGCUUCUCUUCUUCGUUUGGUUUUUUUCUUUCUUUUCGCUGUACGUACGCUCGCCGCGCAAUCGUUGUUGCACACAGAACGGGAUCCAACGCUCGCGCGGACACGCGUUUCCGUUUCGCGGAUGCGUCGACAGGAUUCGAGCAGUACAGGCCUCCGCGGAUAAUCGAACGUCGGACGGAACGUGUGUAGAAAAGGAGAGGAGUGAAGGAGUGAGACGGGUCGUUGCACUUGCCGCCUGCCUGCCGUUGAUCGAGUGGUGGUUCAUUAAAUUUCAGUGCGUGAUUUGUGUUUAACGACCGCGCCUCGAUCCCGUUACUCGUGACAAUACAAGGUCUCGUGAUAUCCCUCUUCUCGAGGUGCCUCUUCGAGCCUCGUCUGUGCCGGACGAGAGCCCUUCAGUGAUAUUAUUUUUUACAAUUCGGAACGAUUCCGACGAAUCGCAGCGUCCAGGUGCAAGGAAGCCUCCGUGUGCACGCGACUGGGAAAAGGAAACUAGUGUUGUUGCGAGGCGUGCAGGCCUGCCUAGACUCGCUUGCCGAUACCGACGCGUCCGGUGAACACAGAGAACUGUAAAGUGACUGGCAUAACUGGUCUAAGGAGAGAGCAUUGCAUCGCGCGGCCCAGUUGCUGCAGCCUAGAGCCACGGUAGAGCCGGCCCGUACGAAAAUUACGACGAUAAUGCGCACAGUGAGCGAAGCGAUGAAACAUCGCGUGAUCAGCUGACUAGCCGAACUGUUCGGCGGCCCCGGACGCUCGGCCGGUAACGAAAAUCGGCGCAGAACCGACAAGGAUCCUCGACUGCGACAGGAACGAUUGUCUACCUGCUCAGUUAUGACGUUCGGCACGCCGUUUCACACCGACAAGUCGCACUUUCCCAGCGAUAACCCUGCUCGGCCCAGCGCAAUGGCGACCGAGGAGGGUACGCUGAGUGGUGGUCUGGGUGCAAAACUAAAAUGUCCGACCCCCAUAUCACGGUUAAGGGUGGAGAAGAUAGAAGGUGGUCUGAUGGUUGCUGGAGUCGUAAUAGCUGCGAACUGCCAGAUUGCUCUUCCGGCAUUCGGGUUUCUCUUCAUGCUCGUUGGCGCUGUGCUCACUGCGGCCUCUUAUCGCGGACCUGGCGAAGACGAGGACAAGGAUUCGUACGCAGCCAGGAUCGCGUUCACAGGGAACUCGCGAAUCCUCGGUCCAAUUUGUAUCGUGGUGGGCGCACUCAUGCUCGCUCUGGGCGUGUUGCUGUGCAUGCUCACCAGGAGGGCGAGAAGAAGGGAACGCAGGGUCGGCUUCCAUUGCCCUCUUCACGGGGACUUUUACCCCUUGAGUCCUGUCCAGGGUGUCAAGAUGCUCGGUGUGUCGGGCAAGGAUGUUAGCGGAUGGUCGAAAAUUCCCUGCCUGAAGGGACGUUCCUCGAGUAAAGGUGGAAGUGCAUCUGGCGGCGGACAUGUUGGCCCGCCGCAAUGUCCACAUUCUGUCCUAAGUAGCACCCGAAGUUCGGUCAGCAGCUCGCCCCUGAGUCCGUGUCCAACACCUAUGCCGUUUUUGGUGACUUCGGGUUCAGUCAGUAGCGGGAUGGUGCAAAGCGUCGGUGCUAAUUUAUCUCCGGACCAAACGUUUGGAUCGAUUCGCUCGCUAUCAGUGACGAGAGAAGUCGCCAGCUUUCCUCUAUCAAGAACGCCUACGCCGCCCCCGCAACACAGACCCACCGCGUUAGCGAACUCGGACGACCUAGCAAACGUGGGCAGCCCAUUGAGAGAAGCGUCCCCUAGACCGGAAGUGCGUGUGGUCGCGCCAUCGCAUCGACCUCCGUCGGCCCUGGCGGCGGGCAACGUGAUGACCAACGGAUCGGCGAAUCGUAAAUCGGUUAGCAUACUGCUUCCCGAGCACUCGAGCGGAUGACCCCAACAGCAGCACGGAUUUGUGCACCGUUGCGACAAGGAACCCCCAUCAAUUUAGGAUCGACGAGAAACGAGACGGCGAGAGGGAACGAGGGAAGGCAUCGAUUGCUUGACGAAAACACCGAACACGAAGAAUUUUUGUCGGGCAAUCGGUCCUCCAGUUUCUAGGGGAAUCAGUCAUGGCGAGAGCUCGCCAAGAGAAUACAUAGCUCAUAAGGAACCCGCGCACGGGUCUGGCCCGCGUUUCAGUGAACGAUAACUGCAUGCGAUUCCGCCGACCAGACCUGGGGUCAGGUGAUAUCACAGCCAGUGACUGCAGGAUCCAAAUUAAACGGAGUAGAGAGGCCAACAGUCUGUUAACUCAUUACUGACAGGGAAUUCAAUUAUCGACUUCGCUUCGCGACACCCAAAUUAGCGUGUAAUCCACGAUAAGGACGAUUUGUUAAGUAAAUUGCCUUAGGUCAUCAUUGGCUAGUCCACGUCGUCUUAUAGAAUGAUUGUUAACUUUGAUUUUGACCGAUGAUUAUGUUCCUCGUCAUCGAGCGAAGAAGCUGGAGGGAGAGAAAGGGAAUUCUGGAUGCCGCAAGGUUCACGUUCAGAAUCUUGUCGGAGACAUCCGCGAGGAGGGCGUAUCCUUUUAUGGGGAAACGUUUCACGGUGAAACUAUUUGAUUUACGAUGUGCCGAGGUAUCUGUAGUUGUUGCCCCUGUGUCGAACAAUAUUCUCGAAUUCAUUUGUCAUGAGAGUUUGUAGUUUUGUAAAAAUUGAGGGAGAAUAAAGGCAGCACCUGUUGGACUCAUACGAACGUACGCUUAUAAAAGACAUUUUUUUAAAGGCUUCUACGGUAACGGAUUCUAAAAACCGGUGUCCACUCAUGGCCACUUUUAUUUUAUCAUGCAUGGCAGAUUGUUUUCACCCGCGUCCCAUUGAUAAAAGACGAACGACUGUAUAUAAAUCGAGAUUUUUACAUUGUAUUUAGCGUUUCGCGUUUAAGAUUUAUUUAAGAUUUAUUUAAUAUCUUCGGAUUCGAGUGAAGAGUCUUAUUGUUCCGCGUCUAUGUGAUCGGUUUAUAGAUUCAACUAAUCAUAUUCGACAACUCUUAAUCUUAACGUCUUGUAUUUAUAUUGGAAAUUUAAGAUUCGAAUCGUUCAAUCUAAAAUUUCAAUUCCAAUUGAGAGAACCGCUCUAAAAGACAUGCUCCUUUCGAGUAUUAAGUCGCCAUGAGAGGCCACAUCUCGUUUACGUGUGAUUGAUGUAUAUAUGUAAUAAGUGAUGUAUAUAAUUGAUCAGAAUUUCAAGAUCACUUCUCUUAGGUUGAUAGGGAAAUAUAUAACCAUUUUGAAACGUGAUUGCCACGGACGAAGUAUCCUUGUUUCUUCAGUUAUAUAUUUACCACGGGAAUAACUGAUGGGUAUCCAAUGUUUUCAUCAUUGUAAUACGUAUUGUAAAAUACACGAAUGAUUAUGAACUCCGGGGAACGAGAGCAUAAAUUAUGAAUUUAUGUUGGUUAGCUACUUACGUGAAAGAAAUUGGUUUCGUACGUUACUAGGAGAGUGCUACAGUAGACAAAACAUAAAAUUCUUCCGGGUUUAGAUCUUUCUCUCAUCGGUAAACAGUGAAUUCAGAUUGUUCGAUGCCAUUGGCAGACACACACACACACGUACACACGCAUAUACUGUUCGCAUGAUGAAAAUCCUCGUUGCGAUGAAUGAUUUACGUUCGCCGGAUGCUGAAGCUUAAAUUGUUUUCGCGUCGAUCAAAGAUAAGCGUCUGCGAGCUUUCGAGCUGAUUUCCGUGCCUCCUGUUUUAAGAAGCCGGGCCACGCUUCAUCCUGGGCCGAUAUUAAUAGCUGGCCCAGAUUCGCGCGAAAAUCUGUCGACGCUUGAAAAACGCGAGUCUCGAGAACAAGACUGUGAAUAUCGACGAUUGGACUUGAAUGGAGAACCGCGGCGAACCGACACGUUAAUGGUGGAAACACAUUUUUGUCCCGUUGACUGGUGUGUUUACCAUUAUACUGCGGAUGCUGAUAUAUUUGUAGAACACGCGAAGCACACGAGAUAAGAUGGACUACGGAUUCUGUUCAUUUUUAAUAGCAUUUUUUUUUUACUUUUGCCGAUAAAAGAAGGAAUCGUUCGUUCGAUUCUUGCUUUUGCGGGACAAUCUAUUUCGUUAAAUAGAGAUGUACACGCGACAUGCAUUUUACAUGUAAUUUAAUGUAAUUUUAAUUUGCAUCUCUGGAGAUGUUCCUUGCAUGUUCAUGCGAACGAUAUUGUUUUCAUCUUAACAUAAUCAGGACAGCGUGGUAUAGUUAGGGAGAGCUUGUUUCAUUAUUGUUGGAACGUUAAAAGUGAAAGAGGCAUCCAUUGAUAGAUUGUAAUGUUAUUUAAUUACUAAACGAAAGAGGAGUUAUUAAUGGAGAAGAAAAGGUUUUUGUACUAAUCGAAUUCUGGUUUGUGAUAUUUUAUAAAAAUUCACCGUCGUUCUGGAUAUGUUAAGCUCCGACUUCAAUUGUUCUAUGCUUUUCAACGAUGUAUCGCUAUUUUACAUUGCGACGUUGUUUAUUGUUUUGCAACAAAUAGUACAAGCAUCCCUUCCUUUGUUGUAUGCGUAUACUUAAUUUUAAUCCAGCAGGAAAGACAUGUUUCUUCAGCAACGACUGAGAAGCCUACAAAUGGAAGAUGGUGUUAAUUUUUAUUACCGUUAUUAAAUUAUUACGUAACGAGAGAAAUUGUAUGAUUCUAAUGUUUCAUUGUUCAUUAACAACUUCGUCUCUUCAUAUGGAGUAUGUUCAUUUUCUUUUCACUUGUUUACUAAUUAAGAAAGACGGACCUAUGGUAGAGUCAGUGAUCGUUAAAUUACUACGACUAGUGAUCACGUGAAAAUUUGGUUGAUUCACACACCUCAGUAGUAUCUUACUGUAUCUUAUUCUUAUUUAGUAACAGGAAUAAUCAUUUUAUUCGACAACGUACGUGCAUCAGACAUUUUUAUCGCAUUAUUUAGAAUAUAUUUUGUAUGCUUAGAUUUGGAGUUACAGUUUCUUCAAUUGUAUUUUUACUUAUAUAAUCAUCUAAGAAAACAUGAACAAUAAAAUAGAUGACUUGCAGAUUCAUGGUGAUCCAUGCGUAACUUUUUGUUUCGUGUCAUCUUUGAGUUGUUUAAAAGUAUAACAAUUUCGUUAGUAACUUCUCGUUGUAAAUAACAUUUUCAUUGUUACCAGGCACACUGCUAAAAAUUUUAACAUAAAUCAUUGAACAUUCGUUUUAUACGACUUAGAUAAGAUAAGUUACUUGUCGCUAUCGAGAAACAAUACCACAAAAUACCUCUACAGGGACGUUCGGGAAAUAAGAAAUAUUACAAUCAUUCCUAAAUUCAAGAAACUAUAUACGAAGCUACAAUACGCGAGGAAACUCGUUACUCGAAACCAAUAUUUACGUAUAUUAUAGACAGUAAUACGAUCCCCUAUAAAUAAGUAUACAUUUGAUAAACUGUUGUUACAAUUUUCACACGUUCACUAGUUCUAGUAGCAAAGUGCAUCAUCGAGAAUCAAACUGAACAACAAACGAAAGCCGUACAAGGAUGAGGUCAUUCAGUUUUAUAAUUCACAUUUACCAUUAGAAACAUAUUCAACAUUAAAUAAGACAAACAAUAUCAACGAAAUGUUAACACUUCACCUACGAAAAGCUUGUUAAUAUAUUCCCCGUUUAUAUUCCAUUAAAGCAAAGCCUCUUUAAAGAAGAACGUCGUCAUAUUGGCAAACUUUCGUGCCUAAAAUCCUAAUUAUUUAAACAAAAAAUAAAUACAGUUUUCUUUCUGGUAUUUAAAAAUUCAAUAGCUAAAAGUUCUCGUUCACAAACACUUACAAAUAUUCCUUUAAGUAACAAACAAAGAAAAUUAUUCCAUUAAGUUAUACAAAAUUCAUUGCUUCCUUUUUGUAACCGCGAUUGACUCAGAAAAAAAUCAAUAAAGAGAUUCUGAUCUCUUAAUCAUUGGUUCUCAAAGGAACAUUUAAAAAACGAUCUAAUAGGUAAAGUGUUAAGCAAACGAUUCAAUCUUCCCAGUUAAUUCUCUCAUUGACUCGACUAUAGACGUUCACCAGACCGUCGAACACAGCGGGCAAGCGAAGCAGGUUUCUCCAUUCAAUUCAAGCGAUUCCAAAUGGUAUCACCGAAUUAUCAUGUACCGUGUACCGUCGGCGAGUACCCCGAAGCUCGUCGAAUGUUCCACACCAGAAUCUUAGACACGACAAUCAAUCCACUCCGAAUAAUCAUUCGAACGGGUGAAAAAAGCUCCUUACUCAGCCGUGGAAGAUCCGACGCGAGAUUCGACGACCGAUCGAAGAACGCUCGAUCGAUGGGGGAACAGAACGGGACGAUGAAAACGAACGAACUAUGCCUGUGCAUUCACGAGAAAAAAAAAACAUCGACUGCUAUUUGAUUAUAUGUGUACAUUUAUAAAUCUCAUUCCAUUGUUAUCGCCCCGCGCCGAUCGAGUUGCGCGGGGCGCAAUCGUAAGUUUCUUAGAAUAGUCUUGAACUGUGUACGGCGACGGCGAAGAUACGGGAUUAUUUCACGCAUUGAAAUUGGUACAAUAAUGUUCUAACGUCUAAGGAUCAUAGUUCAAUUAACGAAGACUUACGCGGAGAAUCAUUCUUAGGGAAUAUGUAUAUCGAAACCGCGGGGGCGGCGAACCACGCAUUUCCGGCUGCCCGUUCCGCGAGCGUCGCUCCCGUACAGGGUGUUCCGAAUGUGAAUGUAACCGAUCGGCGGGUUUUUAUAAAAGUCGACGCGUCAGUUCGUUCGCUCGAACGGACUCGAAUCGAACGUUUGGAAAUCAAUGACUGCUCUCUUUCGUCGUGAUCUAUUCAUUUGGAACACCCUGUACGAAUCACGCAUUGAACACCGGACGAACUUCGAAAUAGACGGAAGCAUUUCUCGAGAAAACGAACGAUUUUCUUCUUCUUCGUCUUCUUCUUCUUCUUUUUGUUUUGUUUCUCUUUUCGGUUUCUUCGUUCAUCGUUUUAGGCAACUUAACGAAUUCCAAAAACUCUCUGAUUAAGACCUAGCUGACGAUCUUCGCCCACGAUACUUAGUACGUGGUCCGUGUUCGGGAAUCAAGGGGAUCGGUGAUGAAAAUAAAGACUCUCAGGAGAUUCGUUUGUGAAUCGGUGUUCCAUGAAAUAGUGCUCGAUCGAUGUACGAUUACGAAGACUCGAAAUUAGAUCCACGCCGAUUAUCGUGGGCGCUAAUUACACGUAGCCAUUAAGGAUUCUAGACGUAAGGUAAACACGUAUAAUGCUCAGAGUUCAUUGCCUGCUCGGUGACCCGCGU